CUCUGUGGCAGCUUCCGUAGACACUAGCGCCAGAGUUCCCUCUAGUAAUUUUUGUAGGAAACUCUAUGGGCAGUUAGCUAAAUUAUGGCUUGGGCUAUGGAUCGCGUCGUUUUGCCCUAUCUGCCGCUGUUCUGCUGCUGGCCAUUCUCGCAUUCGUGGCCCACGUGCGGUGCCUGUAGGUGGUGUUAUGAGCUAUAACUGCUAUUAGGAAAUAGAAAAGCCUAUGAUCAAGAAAGCUCUUUCAACACAGGCUCCAACGUUGCAGCAGUUAGUGUUCUGAGUAUGCCGCGGGCGUGGAAAGGAAUCACCCGCACGCCUAGGCGUUACAAGGAGGCUGCGCGCAUCGUUGACGCCCUGAACACAUCCUCGGAAUCUCUUGAGUCUUUGGUGACUAGUUCCCGCAUGCCGAACAAGACCCAGCUGGCGGCACUGGUGAUACAAGUAUCUAAGAAGCUGCCACUCUUGGAGGCAGUGGUUUCACAGAGCCCACUUCUGGAUGAGGGCCUGCCUAAGGCCUUAGCAUUGGUUCUGGUGCAUGAGGCACUGUUUGGGGUGCGGCCUCUCCCUCCAGGGAUGUGUGCCCGUGCUGACCAGGUGCUUGCUUGCCGGCCCCAGCUUGAGAAGGCUCUGGCAGACAUGUCCAGGAAAGGGAAAGUUUUGCCAGCAUCAUUGCCUCGCUACGCUCGUGUCAACACUCUACUGCUGCACACGUCUACCGUGAUAAGACACCUGGAGCAGCAGGGCUUCCGGUGGGUGCGUUACCCACGCCGACGUGGACUACCGUGGUUCUUGGAGCGAGUGCGCCACUUAGAGCCACAUGAGUUCCUCAAGGACUUUCACCUACGUGAUUGGCUUGUGUUUGGCACUGGUGCGAAGCUGAACACGCUGGACCUUGUGGAGAACUUGCAGCUUCUACUGCAGGACAAGGCGUCGGGUAUGGCAGUGAUUGCCUUGGAUCCCCAGCCAGGUGCAGUACUACUGGAUGCCUGUGCAGCCCCAGGCAUGAAGACCUCGUAUGCAGCAGCGCUUAUGAAUAACACAGGGAUACAGAGGUCCUCUUCGGUGGUGAAACACCUCCGAGGCUUUGUAGCCUGCAGGAGGAUCUUGGCUGUGGACAGGAGUGGGGAGAGGGUAGAAGCAAUGCAACAGCUAGUGAAAAACGGCGGCUUCAAGUCCAUCUGCUGGGUGCAGGAGACCGACUUCUUGGAGAUUGACCCGCAUACAGAACCUCAGAGUUCUGCUGAGCUCAUCAUGGUAGACCCAUCGUGCUCUGGUACAGGCCUCUGUGACCGACCAGGCCCAGACCUGGACCCUGAAAGUGCUGAAGGCAAAGAGCGGCUGCGGCGGCUAAGCUCUGUGCAGAGCAUGCUGCUAAAACAUGCCCUGCGUUUUCCCCACUGCAGGCGUGUGGUCUAUUCGACCUGCUCUGUGCUCAGACAGGAAAACGAGGAUGUGGUGGCAGAAGCUCUGGCAUGGGCUAAGGAACGUUUUGUGUUGGCCCACGCUUUGCCUGAGCUACCUUUUCGCGGCCUAGGUUCACAGGGCAGCCACUGUGUGCGCCUUGGACCAGACAAUUUGCUCACCAGGGGCUUCUUCCUGGCCGUCUUUGAAAAAGCAACCCAAUGCUGAGUUAUAAGGAAGCACAGGUUGUGCCCCGUAGUUGUUACUUGCUUUAUGCAGCGACAUUAUGUGAAAACUUCGAGCCUUUACACUCUUGGCAUAGAGUUGUUAGUUUGUAUUGUUCACCGUCCAAAAUUCACUUAAACCUUUUUUCACUACAUAUUACCGGAAGUGCCACUACAAUGCAUUUGGUGCAUUUGUGAAAUGCAUAUGAAUUUUUUUACAAAUAGGGCUAAGCACUGUCCAGUUAUUUCUUAAGAUAGUGCAUGACAGCUGCCAUCCGUCAAAAGAAGCAUAGAGCUUGAAGAAAUGACCUUGGGCUGGUUUUCAGCUGUAGUUCCACAAAUGUUGACUUUGGUUUUAUAUAAACGGGGCAACGUCGCUGUGCCGGAGAGUGGGGCAUGUCUGUGUAAUUUAUUGCUCCAUUGUCUGUUAUCCCUAUAAGUGAAAAAACUGGCAGCUUUACUGUCAGAAGCAUACAUUUGAAGCAAAUGGACUGAAAGUUUCACCUUUAAGCCCCUUUUCUUGCCUGUGUGUAGCUUUACAAGAGUUUUUGCAAAAUGGUUUCAAGAUGACGUUCUUUGUUUUCGUUGUAACACUGGCACCUCGACUGUCACUAAGCACAUUUUUGCAUUAAAUAAAGUUAGGAUAUUGUUUUCUGCC